GCGGCGAAAAGCUUCCUUCACCUUGGCCACCAUUAGCUAUCGAGCCAUCCGAACUCGAUCUCGCGUGGGCCCACGUUCCUCAGGCCCCGACAGCACGAGCCAGUGCAAAAGCCAGAAAACACCCACCAUGAAGCUCCCGAGACACGUACUGAUCGCGUUGGCCGCGGCCAUCCCGGCUCGGGGCCAGACGCCAUCGUCAACCUCAGCCCGAGAGCCGACAACCACCGCCUCCGAGUCUGGACUCACGGCCACACUCACGUCGUCAGCCUCCACAUCGUCGUCAACAUCGCUGGAGGGCUGCCCCACCGUGACUCUGACCAGCAACGUCUGCCAUUCGUGCGCGACGCCGGACUGCGUCGAGCUGGUGCCCCUGACCAACUCGUGUGACUGCCCUUCGGCCAUCCCCACCGUGUUCGUCGACUACCCCUGCGAGUCCGGCUGCGGUGGGAUCGGAUGCGCCGCCAACUACGUUUUCUUCACCGCCAACUGCACCACCGAGACCUCCAGCGCGUCGUCCGGCUCGUCUGGCACGGCACCAGCCAACUCGACCGCGUCGGCGACUGGUAUUGGGGGUCUGAACUCCACUGCAAGUGGGAUCACCGCGUCUGGUAUAUCGACGAGGAGUGGUGGGUCUGCGACCGGGACAGGGACGGCGGCGGAAAGCUCGUCAAGUAUUGCGGCGGCUGGGAGGGUGAGGCCGUUCUGGAUGGGUCUUUUGUAAGGCAUGGGCGUAUACCGCGAGGCGUGAGACCCGUACACAACCCCGAUUGUGCGCUUUAAUUCUUAAUGGACAAGUCAGUUUUGGACGCCAUGCGUGGGCUUGAGGCUCAGAUGCACCCGAGCAAUAAGCCGGAGAUACUCGGGCUGUCUUGAGAAACACACACGACUAGAGUGAACCCUUGCGAAGUCGAAGUUGCAAAAUUACAUGUAUUAUUAGCGAGAUAUCUUCAAUUCUGCCCGUGUUCUAUCUAACGCCAUCGACUGCC